GUUGUUCCUGACAUUGGUGGAGUCUGAAUGAUUCUAUUUUAUUCACUGAAAUUACUCUAAAAAUACAUGAAAUAACAAAGGCAAAAGUACUGUAUGGUUGCGCCGUUGAUGACCGAUUAUCGUGGUAGCAUAAAUGUGUGAAUGUUCUACAAAAAGGAGGGUGUUUUGCGGUACAAUUUUCAAGCGUCGGGAAUCUGCUCUUCGCAGUUGAUAGAAGUAGGAUUUCAAAUGGAUUGUGUGUCUGACAGCGCAGAAACCUGAUUUAUCUACAAUGAUGGCUGGAAUAGCUUCWGCACAGGGACCUUGGGUGAUUACACCAGACGAACGAUUAAAGCAUGAAGCUACGUUUCAAAGCUUAAACCCACACAGCGGAUUCUUGUCUGGGUCACAAGCCAAACAGUUUUUCCUCAAAUCAAAAUUACCACCAAUGGUCCUUGGGGAAAUCUGGAGUCUGUCAGACCUUGAUCGUGAUGGCAAAAUGACAAUGCAAGAAUUCACAGUAGCCAUGCAUCUUAUUCAAAACAAACUCAAAGGAAUUGAUCUUCCWUCUGCCCUCCCAAAUACUUUAAAAAUGUCUUCCAUGCCRAGYUCUCAUCCUUCACCUAAAACAAGCAGCUACAGCCCYAGAGGAGUAACCAACGGAUUCACAAACAUGUCUGGUGCAUCUACAUUGCCAAAAUCCUCUGGGAUAUCUUGGUCUGGUAUAAACCAAUCCUCCUCGACRAUGACAUCAUACGGCGCSAUGCCAACUAGUAAUAACACUUUAGGAUCACUCUCUUCGUCAUUUAACAUGGGCAGCACUGGUUUUAAUAACACUAAYACUACAAAUAUUGGGUUUUACAAUAGCCCUGGAAUCAUGUCAAGUAGUGUUCAGUCUUCUAUGCCAUUGAGCCAAGCCAGCUCAUUCUCCACUAGUACACCUUCAACUAUGAACUCUAUAACGCCAGCUGYUAAGCUGAAAUAUAAUCAAAUGUUUAAAAGUUUGGAUUUCAAGAAAACUGGUUAUUUAUCAGGUGAGCAAGCGAGAGGCGUUUUGAUACAAUCAGGACUUUCACAGCAAGCUCUAGCAAAAAUAUGGAGUUUAUCGGACCUAGACAAAGACAGUCAGUUGAACAUAGAUGAAUUUUCUCUUGCCAUGCACUUCGUGGACAUGGCCAAACAAGGACAUCAGCUGCCUCUCACUACACCMUUAGASCUUCUCUCUCCAGCGCAGGCUAGAAUUGUGUCAGAAAGCAUGGCAAGUGACCCUGGAAGGGAGAGAUCAAGCAGCACCSUUAGUCUUGAUGGUCGGUCGMGGUCUGGAAGUAUGGCCGAUGAUAAGAGGAAUAUAUUUACUUUUGAGGACAARCGCAAAGAAAACUUCGAAAAAGGAAGACUAGAACUAGAAAGACGGCGGCAAGAUUUGCAAGAUAAAUUAAAAAGAGAAAGGGAUGAAAGGGAAGCGAAGGAACGCGCAGAAGAAGAAAGACGACAAAGAGCAAAAAUGGAAGCUGAGCAGAAACGGCAAGCUGAGCUAGAAAAGCARAGACAACAACAGAUAGAGAUGGAAAAGGAACAAGAGGCUCUAAGGAAGAAGAUGAUACAACAGAGGCUGGCUGCUCAAAUUGAGGCCGAGAAACAGAGGCAGUUGGAGUGGCAGAAGCGCAAAGAAGAAGAGUUAUUGAAUCAGAAAGGACUAGAACAAGAUAUUGUAAACAAUUUGAAAGCAAGGAAGAAAAAUUUAGACGAUGAAUUAGCAUCUGUGGUUGGAAAGAAAACAGCUGCUCAACAGAGCUUUGACAAGGAGCAACAGGCCUGUGUUGAAGCACAAACAAGCUACAAUACUGUACACCAAAAUAAAGAGAUGCGAAUCAAUGAUAUUAGUCGGAUACAGUGUGAAAUUAAGGAAUAUCAGCAAAGACUUGCAGCCCUUAGCAAUGAAAGAGAAAGGGUUUCAUUAGAAUUGAAUCGCAUGGAUACAAGUAAACUAGCUGAAGCCCAUGGCAACGCAAUGGUGAGCCUGCAAGACAGCAAAGGUGCCAUGAAACGAAAACAAACAACACAAAACAACCUGGAAAAAGAUUUGAAUGAUAGACUUAAAGAAGUUGAUUCCCUGAACACACAGCUGAAGGAUGUACAAAAUAGUAUACAACAGUUCACAGAAGAAAAUGCAAGACUACACCAAAUGACAGAGUCAAAACAAAGAGAAUAUACGUUAUGGAAGCAAAAGAAAGACGACGAAGAAAGAAUCAAAAAAGAACACGAGGCAAAAUUAAGAAGAGAAGAAGAAGAAAAUCGAAAACAAAAAGAAMGAGAACAAGAAGCAAUGCGACUAGAACAAGAAAAACAGAAAAAAGAACAAGAACUUCGGCGACGAAUGCAGGAAGCCCGUGAAGCCGAAGCAAUACGCAAAGACCAGCAAUUAUUAACCAAAGAUAAAAUAGUUGUACAGCAACAGCAAACACUUGUGAACACUGCACUCAAUAGACAAGAAAYUAGUAAUUUUACCCCAGAUUGGACUUCCACGGCGAAUGUUACUACAUCACAGAGCAUUUCUACUAGCAAAAUAGAGAAAAAACAAGAAAUUGUAACCCCUAGACCUCGGCCAAGACCACCAAUCAAGAAGAAUUUAGAAUAUUACAAAGUCWUGUUCACAUUUGAUCCCAGAAAUCCUGAUGAGAUUUUGGUUGAAGAGGAUCAAAUUGUCACUGUUGAUCCUGACAAUAGGAACGCCCCGCCAGGCUGGUUGAGAGGCACCUGUCAAAACAAGACGGGUCUAUUCCCAGAAAACUAUGUCGAAAAGAUCACAGAAGAGGAAGCUAAAAAGCCAACCAUCACUUCUGUGAGCGCCCCAAGCCAAGAAGAAAAAGUUCCCGAAGUGUCUGUCAAAUCCUUAGUCGCGUCAAUUAGUAAACAAUUAGGAGGCGGUGGGGGUGGUAGUGGGGGAUCCAUUGSCGGAGGCACAAGUAGUGGUGAUAUUGAAAUAGUGAACAGAAGUAGAACGCAAGAGAGUGUAACAACGACAGCUUCAACUACAGAUGAAAAUGUUCAAAGGUCAAGUGGAGAAACGCCUGCCCCUCAGGGUCUCACUGCUGUAGCCUUGUACCCAUAUAGGGAUAAGAAAAAAGGCGAUGUUCAACACUUAAGCUUUAAUAAAGGAGAUGUAAUCACUAUUCAAGAGCAACAAGAUAUGUGGUGGUCUGGGGAACUUAAUGGCAAAGUUGGAUGGUUUCCUAAAUCGUAUGUUAAACUAUCAUCUACGGCUAAACCAAUCGCAAGACCAGUGCAGCCUGUUGAAACCAGUCCUACCUACGAUACACCACCUACUGAACCAGUACAACCCAAACAAGAAGAUCUUCCUAUUCUUUUUGAAUGUGUUGCUUUAUAUCCAUAUACCGGAGAGCCAACGGAUCUAACCAAAUCGCUACGGUUAUCACGCCUUACACGGCCACRACGCCAGAUCAGCUUAGCUUGGCACCAGGGCAGCUCAUAAAAGUUAUGAAGAAAGACCCCAGUGGAUGGUGGGACGGUGAACUACAGGCACGGGGAAAGAAACGUCAAAGCGGAAUCUUCCCGUCAAAUCACGUKAAACUUCUGAGCAAGUCCCCUAAUGUAACCCCUACGUCAUCAGGGCGGACCACACCCCAGCCUGCUGAUCUCUCAAGCACAUACGAUGUCCUGCCAGUGUCAAAGACCAUGGGACAAGCUAAGUUGGAGCAAGUGCUAGCAAUGUUYCCAUACACGGCACAGAAUCAAGACGAACUCACGUUCUACAAGGGUAGUGUUAUCAACGUCAUAAGCCGCGAGGGGGACUGGUGGAAAGGCGAAAUGAAUGGACAAGUGGGGAUGUUUCCGUCAAACUAUGUCCAGGCCCUGAGUGAUUUACCGGUUACUACCACACAGUGGACUGGGUCUUUUGAUGCUCAGGUAUUGGCGUCAAUGUCAGAUGUAGAGCGAAUGAGACAGAAUGCUAUUUAUGAAUUGAUUAACACAGAGCAGUCGUACGUGGAUUCUUUAAGUCUCACRUUAGAGAUAUUCUAUAACCCGUUGUUUGAGUCGCAGCUGCUUACUGAGGAAGAACUCUCGAUAACCUUUGUCAACUGGAAGGAACUGAUACGAACAAACAUGAAACUUCUCAAGGCUUUUCUUGUGCGUAAGAAAAUGCGAAACAACGGAAUCAUUAUGAUGAUUGGCGACCUUAUGUGCGAACAGCUUCCGCAUUUCUCGCCUUACGUCAGGUUUUGCAGUCGUCAACUGAAAGCUUGUCAGUUCAUACAACAAAARAUCGAGUCAAGUGCUGAGUUUAAGCAGUUAGAAAAGAAAUGUACUUCCAAUCCAAGAGCCAAUGGUCUGCCUCUAAGUAGUUACCUUCUGAAGCCAUUGCAAAGAAUCUGUAAAUACCCGUUAGUGAUCAAGGAGAUUUUAAAGUACACCCCUGAAAAUCAUCCUGAUCGAUCAAACUUGGAAUUAGCUUUAGAAAGAGCUGAUGAACUUUGCAAUCAGGUCAACGAAGGUGUCCGUUCACAAGAGAGUACAGACCUUUUAGAAUGGUUACAGAGUCAUGUUCAGCUAGAAGAACUACAAGAGGAGCUUAUAUUUAAUUCAGCGACGAAUUGUCUUGGUCCACGUAAGCUGGUAUAUUCGGGAACUGUGUACAAGGUCAAGAGUGGGAAAGACUUAAAGGCGUUUCUCUUCAAUGACUUUCUGCUUCUCACGAGACCUCAAAGCUCAAUCGCUGGUAGUUUUUCCAAGAAAAUCGGUCUGGAUACAAACGAUGCUAACGUUCAAUACACGCUUUACAGAAAGCCGAUAAUCCUAAACGAGAUCGUUGUCAAACGUCCUGCUGACUURAACGCGGACGAGAAUACGUUCCAAAUUUCACACAUUGAUCGAGUAUACGCGUUCAGAACGGACACCAAGCUAGAAAGGAACAAAUGGAUCGAGCAUUUAGAGAAAUCUACCGACCAUUACAUCGAAACUGARCGAUUCAUGAGACAGAAAGCCCAUCGCAGUCGAUCUCUACGUGCUACUGGUAUUGGGAAGCUUAGUGUUACGAUCUUGGAAGGGAAGGACCUUCAUGCUUCUGACCCGUCAGGUACCAGUGAUCCUUACUGUCAAGUUAGCAUGGGAAGCCAAGAGCACCGAACCAAAGUCUGCCCUCAGACAAAUAACCCGAAAUGGAACUCCAACAUGUCGUUCAUAAUCAAGGAUAUGGAGCAGGAUGUCUUAUGCAUAACAGUCUAUGACAAAGAUUUCUUCUCCCCUGAUGAUUUUCUUGGUCGAACGGAAAUAAGUAUCUCUAGUCUACGAAAGCAGAGCAAUUCUCGUGGUCCUUGGCUUCAAAGACUACUAUUACACGAAGUGUCGACCGGUGAAGUGUUGGUAAAACUUGAAAUUCAUUGAUAUCUUGUAAGAGUAGAUGGAUAACCAAUCGGUGGAGAACCCGAAUGAUCCAAAUGCAGAAAGACCAAGGUAUAAGACUUCCAACCUGGAUUUCCUCAAGAAUCCGCAAGAAUCCAGAGCUAUAAUUGGGAAUACCCUGUUAGUAAAGGAAACAAUCCACUGACUCGAUUGACAAGUAUCUCGCUUAAAUUAGCAAGGAAAAGUUAUUUGGCUUGGAGAAAAAAAGGCAGUUUAUCUGGAGAAGAAUGGAUAGGUUACUUGGCUGAUAGUGAUAGGACAGUGUAUUAAAGUUAAAAAGGACUGGUUUUGGGGGCUCAAGUAAAAGGCCAGGUCACUUAUCUCGAGGUAAAAAGGACAGGUUACCUAGCUGGAUAUAAAAAGGAAAGGUUACCUGGAAUAAAAUAGAAAGGACAGGUUACCUGGCUUAAAGUAAAAAGGCCUGGUUACUUAAGCUGUAAGGAAAAGGACAGGUUACCUGGCUUAAAGUAAAAAGGCCUGGUUACUUAAGCUGUAAGGAAAAGGACAGGUUACUUGGCUUAAAGUUAAAAGGCCAGGCUACUUAAGCUGUAAGGAAAAGGACAGGUUACCUGGCUUAAAGUUAAAAGGCCAGGCUACUUAAGCUGUAAGGAAAAGGACAGGUUACUUGGCUUAAAGGCCAGGCUACUUAGCUGGAAGCAAAAGGGCAGGCUACCUGGCUUAAAGUAACAAGCGUAGAUUAUAAGAUAACAGGAAGCCCGUGACAAAAGAAACUCUUGUGAGAAUUCACUUAAAGAAACGAAAUGAAAGAAACCAAAUUUGAAAUCCAGUGCGUUUACCAUAAAUAAGAAUUCUAAAUAAGUCAUAUUUAGUGGCAUUUAUGCUGAAAGCAAGUAUGCAAAUAUUGACGGGAUUUCGGACAUCAAGAGUCUAGAUAGGUAAUCUUGACUAGUCCUGAUGCACUGUUGUCUUUUGUGUGUUGUUUGGGCACUAAAAACGUGAAAUAAGAUUAAUGCAAUUUAAGUGGAUGGGUUUUCAUCUAGCCGUGAAAUACAUUAUAGCGUACUACAUACUCUUUAUUAUUCAUUAUUUCACACGUAUUUCUUUGUCUAUUCUGUGUAUAACACUUUAUUAGACUUUGACUAUCACAUUUGGUUUCACGGAUUUAUGGAAACCAAUCUAGACGAUAUUGAGCUUCUACACUUUGWCAUUGACCAUUCACAGGAGUUAAAAUUGUAACAUCGGACUCAGCGCUGAAACUGUAACAAAUGGCGUCCUCGAUAAAGUAGAGUAUAAUUUUUUUCCAAUUCUGUUUUAUUUUCAUAAGUAAAUUGUAAAAARUAUUGUUUUUAUACUAGCUUUUUAUGUUUGAUUGUAAAAUGAUAUGUGAAACAUACGCUAAAUGUGAAUAUACGAACAACAAUGUUGAUAAUUUGACUAUUAAUAAAGAAAACACUAGAUGAAAUGAAUUGUAAUAUUUUCGUACCUCAACUUAUUCAUUAAC